AUGGCAAUGCGCGCGGGCACGCCGGGGGACGGCCGCCAGCCAAUGGGCGGGCGCGCGGGGGGCGGCGCGGCUACAUGUUGCGGUGUCGCCAACGUGGGUCCGCGGCGAGCGGCGCUCGGGCCGGGUGGGGAGCGGUGGGGUCGGGCUGGGCCAGCGGCGGUCGAGCAGCAGCGCGGCGGUCGCUGUGGUUCUCAGCCCUGUGGGAGCGCACCGAGGAAGGGGAGCUCCAGAGGCUGCUGGGCCGUAGCUGUGCAGCGUGAAGGAGGAGGCGCUCCCCGCGGCGGGUACGCGGACCUGAGCCACCCGGCGGUGCUUGCCUGCCGGCGGGUGGAUGCCGGUGCCGUGACCGCCUUGUGGGGCCGCGCCGCCGGCGGCCGAGGCGAUGCUGUGGGCGGCAGAGCGACGCUGAGCGCUCCUGGGGCCUCGCGGCGUUACAGCUGCGUUCCGCGCCGGGGCCGCUCCUGCCGUCUUCUCCCGCCUCGGACCUUCUCCGGUGCCGGAUACAAAAUGGCGGUGCCGUCACGGGCAGGCGGCGGAGCGGCGGCGGCGGCGCUGCUGCUGCUGGGGCUGCUGGGCUCGGCCGCCGCCGACUGCCCCUCCGGCUGUGCCUGCGGUGAGGAGCUGCUGAGCUGCGGUGGGCUGGCGCUGCCCGCCGUGCCCCAGGACCUGCCCCGCUGGCCGCGGCACGUAAACCUGAGCUACAACAAGUUGACAGAGAUUGAUCCUUCUGCCUUUGCAGAGCUGUCGAACCUGCAGGAAGUGCGACUGAACAACAACGAACUGACCGCCAUUCCCUCCCUGGGACCUGCUGCUGCCAAUGUCCGCUUCCUCUACCUGCAUCACAACAGGAUCCGCAGCAUUGAAGCAAGUCAACUGAAGCCCUACGUUACCCUGGAAACGUUGGACCUGAGUUUCAAUGACAUCACGGAAAUCCGAAACGGCUGCUUUCCACAGGGACUGCACAUAAAGGAGCUCUACCUGGGGAGCAACAGAAUCAGCACCCUGGAGCCUGGUGCUUUUGAUAGUCUGUCACGGUCUCUGCUAACACUUCGCCUGAGCAAAAACAGGAUCACUCAGCUUCCUGUCAAGGCAUUCAGGCUACCCAGGCUAAUACAACUGGAGCUGAACCGGAAUCGCCUCCGCCUGAUUGAAGGGCUGACGUUCCAGGGGCUGGACAGCUUGGAAGUCCUGAAACUGCAGCGCAACAACAUAAGCAAGCUGACUGAUGGAGCUUUCUGGGGUCUAGCCAAGAUGCAAGUUCUCCACCUGGAGUAUAACAGCCUGACAGAAGUGAACAGUGGCUCUCUCUAUGGCCUUUCAUCUCUGCACCAGCUUCACCUCAGUAACAACUCCAUAUCCCGCAUCAACCCCGAUGGCUGGAGCUUCUGUCAGAAGUUGCAUGAGCUAAUACUCUCUUACAACAACCUAACCAGGCUGGAUGAGGGAAGCUUAGCAGACCUCGGGGGACUGCAUGUACUACGACUGAGCCACAACUCCAUCAAUCACAUUGCAGAAGGUGCUUUCAAGGGACUCAAAAACCUACGUGUCCUGGAACUGGACCACAAUGACAUCUCAGGCACAAUAGAAGAUACAAACGGAGCCUUUACAGGCCUAGAAAACCUAAGCAAGCUAACUCUGUUUGGAAACAAGAUCAAGUCGGUGGCCAAGAAAGCGUUCUCAGGGUUGGAGGCCCUGGAGCACCUGAACCUCGGGGAUAACGCCAUCCGUUCGAUCCAAGCUGAUGCUUUUGCUAAGAUGAAGAGCCUGCGGCAGCUCCACAUAAACAGUGACAGCUUCCUCUGCGAUUGCCAGCUGAAAUGGUUGCCCCAGUGGUUAGUUGAGAAAGAGCUGCAGUCCUUUGUGGUGGCCACCUGUGCCCAUCCUGAGUCACUAAAAAGCAAAAGCAUUUUUGCCAUCCUGCCAGAAAGUUUUGUGUGUGAUGAUUUCCCCAAGCCGCAGAUCAUCAUCCAGCCCGAGACCACGGUGGCUGUCCUGGGCAAGGACAUCCGCUUCACCUGCUCGGCCGCCAGCAGCAGCAGCUCCCCCAUGAUGUUUGCAUGGAAGAAGGACAAUGAGAUGCUGCACAAUGCUGAGAUUGAGAACUUUGCCCACGUGCGGGCCAAGGAUGGUGAGGUGAUGGAGUACACCACGAUCCUGCACCUCCGGCACGUCACCUUUGCCCACGAAGGCCGUUAUCAGUGUAUCAUCACCAACCACUUUGGCUCUACCUACUCCAACAAGGCCCGACUCACUGUCAAUGUGUUGCCCUCAUUUCUCAAAACUCCCCACGACAUCACCAGCCGGACAGGGACAACGGCACGGCUGGAGUGCGCUGCCGAGGGCCACCCCACGCCACAGAUCGCCUGGCAGAAGGAUGGGGGCACAGACUUCCCUGCUGCCCGCGAGCGCCGCAUGCACGUCAUGCCCGACGACGACGUCUUCUUCAUCACAGAUGUGAAGAUAGAAGACAUGGGAGUCUACAGCUGCACAGCACAGAACUCUGCGGGCUCUGUGCUUGCGAACGCCACCCUCACCGUACUGGAGACACCAUCUUUAAUUCAUCCCCUGGAAGACCAUGUUGUGUCUGUAGGUGAGACUGUGGCUCUUCAGUGCAAAGCCACAGGGAGCCCACCUCCCCGCAUCACCUGGCUGAAGGGUGACCAGCCACUGAUUGUAACAGAAAGGCAUCACUUCACCUCUGGCAACCAGCUGCUGAUUGUGAGGAAUGUUGUCUUGGAGGAUGCUGGGAAAUAUACCUGUGAAAUGUCCAACACCCUGGGGACAGAGCGUGCACACAGCCACGUGAGCAUCUUGCAGUCUCUUGGCUGCAGGAAGGACCGUACCACCGUGGGGAUCAUCACCAUUGCCGUGGUGUGCAGCAUCGUGCUGACGUCUCUGGUCUGGGUCUGCAUCAUCUACCAAACCAGGAAGAAGAGUGAAGAAUACAGCGUCACCAACACAGAUGAGACGAUCGUGCCUCCUGACGUGCCAAGCUACUUGUCUUCACAAGGGACUCUUUCUGACCGGCAGGAAGCGGUGGUCAGAGUGGAUAACCACCAGCCCAAUGGCCACAUAGACAGCAACGAUGGUUCAUUUGUUACAGGUAUGUGUCAAACUGAUCCUGGAAGGUGUCCAGAUGUUGAAGCUCCCAGUACAGGCUGUAGGCAGCCAAAGCUGUGUAUUGGCUAUAAUAAAGACACUUGGAAAACUGAAGAGACAGCUGAUGGAAUGCUUGUUCCAGAUAAGACAGGCUACAGCCUGCCUGUUGUGUGCACAGACUGCAGCGGCAGCACAGACAGCAUGAACGUCCACAUUUACCCCAAGGAGCCUGAGUACUACUCCGAGAGCCCUAAGACUGUGGAGAAUCCCUACCCAAACACACCCAGCAGCAAGGAGCACAACAGGAAGAGGGGUGCAGGCACUGGCCCUCCGCAUCCUCAGCCAUGCAACGGGAUUGCCAGUGGCAAGAGGCUGGAAACAGAUGGGACCCUCUACCCCAGCAAUCAUGACAGAAUAAGACCUGUGAGCACCACCAGCCCGCUGCUUGCAGACGAACACGGUACGUCAGCGGCAGCAGCAAAGCUGUCAGAGCUUAACAACCUGAAUUCGGUGAGAGUGUCACCAGCAGGAGGGUCACUAAAGCAACUGAAUGUGCUUCCUGAAAUGUCCCCAACACUACUGGAUUUGCAGAGCGAAGCAGAAGUGAAACAGGCUCUCCUGUCCAACGGCUACACAGCCACGCCAUGCGACUCCGCUCAGGAGCUGAAGGCACCGCACAGGUCUCUGGACUGA